AUGUCCACGGCUUCCAAGGUCACUCUGUUGAGUACAAUUCUAGGUACAGCCGGAAUUGUAGCUUUUGUGCAUUGGGCGCAAACCGCCGAACAAGCUGCCAUGCAUGCCGGCGUCGUUCGAGAUAUGGAGCAGCAACGAGUUAAACGGGAACGGCAAGCAGAUUUCGACUUACAAAAACAACUGGAAGAAGAAUACAAAAAGACGCAAAAUGUGCACGACAGUACAACGGGAGCUUGA